GCGCCAAAGUUCGUAACAAACUAACGACCACAAGGAAAACGGAGCACGAGGUACAGGCAGAGGGAGUGUAGCAUUACGGUAAAUGUGAGUAAGUGGAGUGGGAAAGGCAGUGAAACCAAUGGGUGUAAGAGUAAUUUCGCAGAGAAUCCUAAGGACUACGGAAGAAGACAAACCUAUCGACGUUAUAAAACAAGCAAUAUUUAUUUUCUUAAAAAAACUUGAAAACCCAAACACACACCAUAUAACCGCCUGCUCUCCAUCACAUGCUAUUCUCUCUUUCUCUCUCCUCGCUCACCGAGCUUCCCUCUGUGCUCUGCUCCCACUCUGCCCUCUCUGCUCUGCUUAAUUAUUGCCGCCUUUGCGUGCCUCAUAAGCCAUUCACUGUCUCACCCUCCCACUUCCUUCUCUCUCUCUCUCUCUCACACAAUGGAUCUUGUCCAGAGCCCUAGCAAUGGCGGAACUCAAGGCUGCUCCUCCGACUCUGAUCCCCUUAUUCUCGCUAAAGACGAAACCUUCGAAGAUGCAAACACCGAGGCGCACCGUUUCAGUGAGGACUUCGACUCCACGUGCUCCACCCCUUACGUCAGCGCACCUUCGAGUCCCGGUCGCGGUUGCACCACCGGCUACUUCUUCAGCGCACCGGCCAGCCCCAUGCACUUCAUGUUGUCUUCAGCUCCGUCUGCCUCCUACUCCUAUUCUCCUUCAGAGACGGUUUUUCCGGACGCCUCGUCGUCGUUUGAGUUUGAGUUCUCUUCUCGGCUAAAUUCCAAUAGUUCGGUGGCUGUUGGAUCGAUGAGCUCGGCGGAUGAGCUUUUUAUGAACGGAAAAAUCAGGCCGAUGAAGCUCUCGUCGCACUUGCAGAGGCCUCAGAUCUUAGCGCCAUUGCUAGAUCUGGAUGUUGAAGAAGACGAUGAGUCGGAGGUAGAAAAAUGCGAAGGGACAGUGAAUAGGGGAAGAGAUCUGAAACUGCGCAGUAGAUCGUUGCACAGAAAAGCGAGAUCUCUCUCUCCUCUGAGAAACGCAGACAUUCAGUGGCUCAAAGAAGAUGAAGAAGGUUGCAAUGAUGAGAAAGCUAAAGAGGCCGGCGACGAGAACAUUCUGGAUUUGCAUGGGCUGGAGACUAAGCAAAGCGAAACGGUGUCAUCGGAAACGACACCGUCGUGUUCGGCGUCGUCUUCGAGAUCUUCAUCUUCAGGAAGGAACUCGAAGAAGUGGAUAUUCCUCAAGGAAAUAUUGUACAGGAGUAAAAGCGAAGGUCGAGGAAAUGGGAAGGAAAAGUUCUGGUCAACGAUCUCUUUCUCAACAUCUAAAGACAAAGAAAAAACUCAAACUCCUCUUCCUUCGCAGACAACUUCAGACACUCAGAAUCAGCAUCAGAAAACGACGAAGAAGAAAAAGCAGAGCAAGCAAGCUUCAACAAGGAAAGGCAUAUCCGGGAAACCUAAAAACGGCGUCGCAAAGAGAAAGGUGCCAUUGUCCCCGCACGAGUUGCAUUACACGGCGAACAGGGCUCAAGCGGAAGAGAUGAAGAAGAGGACAUUCUUGCCUUACAGGCAGGGACUUCUUGGAUGCCUGGGGUUCAGUUCUAAAGGAUACGGUGCGCUUAAUGGUCUAACACGUGCUUUGAACCCCGUCUCUUCCAGGUAGACAAGAUGAAGAUAGACAGAUAGAUAGAUAUAUACUAGUGCCCGAUCGAUCGAUCGAUCGAUGGAUCGUUUCAAGAAUUUGUAUAAUUAAUGUUUUAUUAUUUUUGCAUGUCGGAUUAAUUGUAAUUUAAGGUUUCUUUUAUCGUCAUAUUUUGUACAGUGGAAAAUUAAGCUACGUUUGUUUAAUAUUUGUUUUUGGGCUUUAUAAUGAUUACCAAAUUCUCAGAAGUC